AUGUUACCGGGAAAUUCUGCAAAUCUUGUAGAAGAAACUGCGAGGCUCACAAUGUCCCUGAAAAAUAUGGAGCUAGAGUUGGAAAAAUACAAGAACUACAUUUCAAAUAUGAACUGGGAAAAGGAGGAUAGCCGGAAAAAAGACUCCAACGAAAGUAAACGUCUACUAAUGAUGGAAACAUCUAAUUUGGGAGAAAAAAACGCGGAAUUGAACCGUGAGCUUGUGGAAGCGAAAUUGUCAGUUAAAAAACUGAAUAAUGAACUGGAAAGUGCACAGGAAAUUGUCAUGCUGAAUAAAAAAGAUUACAAUAAAGUGUGGGAUGAUAUGAUGUUUUACAAAAACAAAGUCGACUUUCCAUCAAACAACCAAAACCUGGAACAUCACGUUCAGACGCUCGAACGUCAACUUCGAGAAGAAAUGGAAGCGAAAAACGCUCUUCUCGAGGAGAACAAACGCCUCAAAGGAGUAUUCGACCCAGAUGCGUGUAUGAUUUGCUACGUGCCGUUACCGAUAUCUAGGUUGCAUCAAGCAUUGGUUUGA